GCUCGUGAGGCACAGCGGAUGAGAGAGAUGCAGAAUGCGGCCAAGGCAGCAAAUGCUGCCCAGCUCGAUCGACAGCGCCAGGUCCAGGAGGCACAGGAAGCCGCGCAGGAACAGAUCGUCAGAGACAUGCUCAACUUGCAGAGAGCGGCGGGCUAUGGCGGUGGGGCGGAUGCCGCAGCCGCAUUGCGCCUCCAGGCGGCCCAUGCGGCGCAGGCCAAGGCAAUGGUCCAGCAGCAGCGCCAACAGCAGCAGCAGCGAGAGCAGGCUCUCCUCCUCGGAGCUUCGACGCAGCAGGAGCUCGCGAGACGAAUGCAGCUGUACGAACAGGCUCAACAAGCUCAGAAUGGCAUGCAGCUUCUUGAGGAGAAUGCUGCGCGGCUGCAAGAGCAGCGGCAGCGACAGCAGCACGAGGCGAAGAAGCUGGCGCAAGCGCAGCAAAUGGCAGCUGCAGGCCACCAGCGUCAACAGCAGCAGCAACAGCAGCAGAUGCAGGGCAUGGGGGCCAGCGCUCAUGGGCAGAAGCAGGCCUGUCCGGCGACUGGUUGGCAGUACAUUGACCCGAAGAACCAGAUCCAGGGGCCCUUCAGCCUCCUCGAGAUGCAGCAGUGGUACCACAUGAACUACUUCCGACCGGAGCUGAAGAUGAGGCUGCCGCAGAAGCAUUGCAGCUGGUAA